AUGCCAUCACGAACCGAGGGCUUUGGUCUUGCCGCCCUUGAGGCUUUAUCUGCUGGUCUGCCUGUGCUGGUCAGUGGGAACUCUGGUCUUGGCGAGGCCUUACAGGAAGUUCCGAAUGGUUCACAUUGUGUGGUGGAAUCAGAAGAUCCUAAAGAUUGGGCCAAUGCAAUCAAAGCUGUUCGGAAGAAAAAAAGGAAGCUGCGACUGAGAGAGGCCAAGCUUCUUCAAGGAGAGUAUGCCGAGAUGUACAGCUGGCAGGAUCACUGUAAUAGACUUGUGCAACGAAUGCUUGCCAUUUCUCAAGGUAACAGGUUCACUUUUUAAUUCAAAUUGGUCUUGAUAUUGUGUAAUCUGCUGGCAUCAGGAAAUGUAAGUUCACGCAAUUACAAUGACAACAUUAGUGAAAACUUCACAACGACAAAUUUGUCUAUCUCUUUUAAUAACCCCACCAGAGAAGUCCGCCUACAUCUGUAAAUUUGCCAAUUUCAGAGAGUUUGAAAAUCGCGAUACCUUUCAACGUCUUAUUCCCGACCCUGAGGGUCAAAAGUAAAUAAUGGUAUUGUAUUGCUUCUCUUUUUGUAGGUCGUAAUGCAGAUGAGCAGAAUGUAUCUAUUAAAGCCACCGUGAUCUGCCAAGAUGAAAAACCCUCUCCUUCUGAAAAACGUCUUCAUAAAGGUAUAGUUGAAGCUUAGAAACAUGAACAAUAUGUCCGCAAGAGCAAUUCAUUGUUUUCUGUGUAGGAAGAUCUGAGAGAUGUACUUUAGUCUGUUUGGGUUUAAUGAUUAUUCCUUACGGGGAUGUUAAAUAAACAAGAAAUGGUCGAAGCAUCGAACGAGACUCGUUUAAGACUGACUUACAAGGUCACGACAAUUUCACACUGGUUACAGGUUAACAAAGUGAGAUGCCGACAAAAAAUGCUCGUUUCACAGCAAAAGGAAAUUGCAUUUUAAGGGCCUGUUUACAAGGAGAGAGGGUUACCCUUGUGGUAGGGUUACCCUAGCAAGCGGGUUAAAGAUAGACCGGGUUUACAAACAAAAUUUCCGCAGGCAGAGUUACCCUAUCACCUGGGUCAACUUUGCCUGCUGUACCGACGUCAGGGGGACCCAACGUCAAUUUUCGGAAAAUAUCUGUUGGGAAGACGAUUUGAGUUUUAGAAUUUUCAGAACAUUUGUUGUAAAAUUUCUUGCCUGUCUGCCUCUCCUAGAAUUUUCUAACAUCCAAAAAAUGGUAUAAUUGCCCAUUUUUACGGGAUUUUUACCCUAAAAAUAGGGGAUAAAAAUAUGUCUAUAUCUACCGAUUAAAUACUAAAAUACGUUUAACAAUGCUAUGUUUAAGUGGUUUUGAAGUAUAUUCUCGUUGGGUGUCCCUGCGACGUGUCUCGUCACGUGUGACCACAUAAGACUAAAAUAAACAUUCUUUGUAACUUCCAAGAUUUGAAAGAAAACUUGAAGUUCUCUGUGGAAAACACGAUAAAUUCGCGGAAAUACGGUAAAAUAUUAUCAUUGUAUACAGGAAAUACCAGCUUUACUGACGUGUUCCCUCACGCGUGACCACAUAAGACUAAAAUAAACAUUCUUUGUAACUUGUACGAUGUGAAAGAAAACUUGAAGAUCUCUGUGGAAAACACGAUAAAUUCACGGAAAUACGGGAAAAUAUUAUCAUCGUAUACAGGAAAUGCCGUAUAUUGUUCAGAUGUUUAUAAUUUCGCUCCGAAAUUGGAUAACUCCGUUCAAAUUGUUAAGAUUAUUGGUCACGCUUGACGCAGGACAAGGCAGGUAGGGUAAUCCUCUUGUUAGGGUAAACCUAGCACUCAAGUAGGUUUACCCUAGCCCUAGGGUAACCGUCUCUGCUUUGUAAGUACGUCGUUUAAAAAAAGAAGAAAUGUGCGAUUGCUCGGGUAACCCUCCUACAAGGGUACCCCUAGCACCAGGGUUACCCUCCCUCUUUGUAAACGGGGGCAAACAUAGAGGCUUGGUCAUUUUGUAUACGUUAUUUUAAGUGAAAUUUUCAGCUUGGGACUUCUAAAUGCUGGCCAUUGGCGCGGUGUAGUUUAGAGGUGAUCGCCCCAUUCCACAAUCCAGGUACCUUUUGCCUUGAAAUUCUGGAAUUCGGAAUGCAUCGGAUGGAAUGUGGAAUCCUGCUAACGAUUGGAAGACGGGGGAGGGGGGUAUUAACUAGUCUUAAGUGUCAUGGGUGGGGAGGAUGACUGAGUUCUUGUUUCUUGGACUUGGCUGUCUAGAGACUGAGUGCAGGCACCUUGUAUCAAAUCCAGUCAGAUAUGAACUAUGUAUUUUUUAUUAUGUUUUCAGCAGAAAAUCUUGAUAUCCGGAUUGAUUUUGUCACUAGAGAGCAAGGAGCUUCACCAACCCAAAAUGUUAAUCUGGAGGAAAAAGUGGUGACAAAAAUAUAUCCCUCUACACAAGAGGUUAUGAAUCUUAUUACAGCUGAGCGUUUUAAAACCAUCAACCCCUCAAAUCCAGAGGAGGUAAAUGGUUUUCUUCAGUAUAUGAAAGAGGUGCGCCAACUAUUGAUUGUUGAUGUUAAGACUGGAAGCUUGAUAAUCAAAGUGCAAGCUAGUUCGCCCCAUAUUCUUGAUGAGUUGUGGAGAGACUAUUGCACAGGCCAUCUAACUGAAGUUGCGCAGAAGUAUCUUGUGACAGAGGACAUUCUAAAGGAUUUGGGUCUUGAUUCAGUACAACUUACUUUGACCAUCAAUGAAGAGGAGUACAGAGCUUACCGAAAACACUUACUAAGAAAUGAAGGUUAGUAUAAAGAAUUUAUUUUUCGCCUAGAAAUUUAGACUACAAUCUGAUCAGAGACGGUAAACAUUGCUGGUUAUCAAAUGCGUUCGCUUGUCUGGCGCGUCGUUUAAUAGUUAACAAAAUUAGAAACGUGAGACGAAACUUAAGCGUCUUAUUUACGACGCGCCAUACAAGAAAACGCAUUUGAUAACCAGCAAUGUUAACCGUCUCUGAUCGGAUUCAAAUCCCUACCAAAACGACUUAUAAAGACACAGGAACAAAGGAAAAUGCAUCUUGUUAUUUUAUUAGCCAAUACAGCGUAAAUACAUCUAUUUUUUGUAUUAGCUAAUACAGCGGUCGGGCUCCCUCUGUCCCUUUUUCCUUUUUUUCUUCUAAAAGGGAGGUCAGAUUUUUGAACUCAUAUAACUGGUAUAACUGUUUCACUUCCAGUGCUUUUUUGGAAAACCCAUCAAAAUCUAUUUUCUAAGAAAUAAUAGACCUUUUUAGCUUGUAUGUUUUGUUUUCCCUAUUCAGACCACGUGAUGUUCUCCAGGGAUUUUGCCUUUUGACUUUUCAUUAAUUAUGCAUACAUAUGCACGUGGAUGCACGUGCAUAUGAAAACAUUCAAGCUAAAAAGGUCUAUUAGAAUACAUGUCGAAUGGGUGGUAAUACUGUUAAAUUUAUCGGUUUCUCAAAAGUCCUCUAGCUACAGUCGGAAUUAAGCAUACUUCCUCCAAAAUGAGUUGUAACAAUAUGCAGGCCAGCACACCGUACAGUGCGAGCAAUGCAAGUCAAGCGAGUUACAUGUAGGGUGCGAGCCAUAUUUAACACAAAACUCGUCUUACAUGGGCUUCUUAAGACACCCACCUUGCGACUUAACUCGACCGUCCCUAAAGAAACAAUGGCCUCGAGAUUAACAACUGUGUUGUACAAUGGCUAUCAGAACCUACUAGUUAGGGAAGCGAAAAACUGGUUAGGAAAAUAGGGACGGACGGUCAAACUACAGCACAGUAAGCUUUUCCUAAUUAGAAAAAGGUUUCCUUCAGACCACAACACUACAAUCACCAUCCUUUAUCGAGUUCCAUUAAUAACGUGAUGGACCGCUGUCGUAAUUCUCACUAUAUUUAUCGUCAUUGUCAUCAACAUAAUAAUCAUUGUGAAAGGUUUGAACCCAGAAGUCAUUCUAUAAGUAGGUUGAGUAUGAUCGUGCGGGUGAACUUAGCCCUGAACAAGACUGUUGUUGACAGUGACUGACGUUUCGACAACCUGUUCUGUAGUGAUCUUCAGAGUCAAAGUAAGUUGUAUCACGUCAGUUGAUGGUAUUUUAAAACUCUGGUUAUUGACCUGAUUGGUCAAUUAAGUUGCGAUGUUAUUGGUCGUCUGUCAGUUAAGCCGUGAUGUUGUUGGCUAUGAAGACUCGAGAUGCCAUUGGUGCGUUUCUAUCGGUUUUUAUCUGUCUGUUGUCGUUUUCGACUGUCCACAUUAAAACGUUGGAAAACGAUAGAAUUGCACUUUGUGACGUAAGUUGGACUCGAUGCGCAUGCUACAAACACACGCGCCUGCGAUAUUUUCGGUCAUCGUUUUCAUUUUGAUUUGUUUAAGACUGUCCAUUCUAAUAGGAUAUGUAUGCGUUUUCGUUUUGAUGCACUUCCUUGAACGUUUUUAAUUCGAUGCGUUUUCGAUGAAAACACGUUAGUGGGGACGGAAGGCCUAAACGCAUCGAAUUAUAUGGCGUUUUCAAACGAAAACGCAUUAACGUGGACACGGCUUUAGUAGGCAAAACAAAAACUUUGCACGUGCAUCACACUGUUGUACAUUUCUUUGCCGUUUUUGUAGGACUACCAGGUGAAAAUGCCUAUUUUUUAAAUUUCUUUUUCUGAACUUGGAUAGGAAUCCUAGGAAUUCAACUCCAGGAAGAUUCGCCAACUUUUGAUGAAGUGAAAGGAUAGGAAUAAUCGCAAUAAAGACUGCAAGAACGUAAAUUCGCUUUUUAAGCGACGUUUUCGCUGCCAUCGUGUCGUCGGAUCGUAAAGUCCCUGUUGGUGUAAUAAAACAAUUAAAUGGCGGCUAUGUUGGUGUCCUAAACCAAUCCUGCGGGAGUUGAACUCUUUUCUUCUGCGAAAAGUUUCUUUUGUUAUAAUAAAUUUGCAAAGGUGCUGGCCACGUGGGCGAAAACGCUUUUUUUAUGCAUUUGUUUGUUGUCCUUUGUGUAACUGCAACUAAUUCAGUGCCUUAAGAAGAAUGUGUGCACACAACGACAAGUGUUCCUUUCUCUUCUUGAGCUGGGAAAGGGUCCCUAACAAUUUAAUUCAACUAGGAAAGUUGUUCUAUAUUUGACUGAUUUGAGUGGAUUGGUUAAACUCUUAAACUCUGUUUAAAUCAACGGGUGUACGACGUUGAUAAAGAACUGUAUCUAUUUUUUGUAGGUCCCAGUACAGAUGAGCCGAAUUUAUCUAAGAAAUCCCCUGUACUCUGUCAAGAUGUAAGAGCCUCUUCUUCUGCAAAACCUCAUCAUAAAGGUACACUUAAGUUGUAGCUUUGUCCGUUGACUUACAAACGAGCCGGUUUUUCCAAGAUGGGUGAUCCGACGUCUCUAGUGUGAAAACGGCCAUUAUUAGUAAUGGAUAUACCUUUGUAAAUGAACGGUAUUCAUGUGACCUCCAAAUCCCUAAAUUAGGAACCUUAGAAAUAUCUGUCCUGCAACGACUUUGUUCGUUUUCAGCCCUAGGCAGGAUUAGUUGUCUUGGUAUGUAGCGUUAAGAAUAUGUUGGUAUGUCUGUGGUGUUUAUGCUCAGCGGUAUUGCGCGCCAAGAGUGUAUGUGCGUGUGUGUGUGAACGAACAUGGCAGAGAUAGUUUAAUUAUAUGAACACCAAUGAAAUACCAGGUGAGCUUUCGCGCGAAAACAUGAUAUUUUCACAUGAUAGGUGCAUUACUUCUGGGGGGAGGACCAGCCUCAUUUAAAAAUUUAUUUUCGCCGUCGGGAAGAGUUGAAAGUGCGGGGCUGAUUUUAGCUCAUUGUUGCGGCUCUAUUGCCAACUAUUGUAACGGGUCUGCAGACCUUGUGGUCUCAAAAUUAGAAACGCAGCUCAACUGUACAGUUUCAUCGAGAAGGCUGUAAGCAACACUAUUGUCGAGGAAGAUUUACAUUGAGAGGCUGUGGAAGAUCGAAGCAAAAGACAGCUUCCCAAGAAGCGAUGUAAGAAAGAAACGUCUCGAAUCUGACAGUGAACUGCUGGAAAGGUUAAUUCUCGAAAGACCUUGUUUGCAGAAAGCUCGAAAGUGGGUGACUCGUCGGACAUAGAAUCGGGAAGUGCUAGUAUUGAAACAUUUUAUACACAGACGCCUGAGCAAGUAACACUUACACUCGCUGGACAAGAUGCCAAUAUUUUGUUGAAUUAUUGUAGUAUAGAAGAUAUUACGGGAAAGCCAAGCACUCAGUUUAAGACACCGGCAUUGAUUUUGAGUCCUGACGGAGAAGUCAUCGUUCGGAAAAUGUUUGACAACACGACGCAGGCUAACUGAAAUCGCUAGUUUGGUUUGCUGAACAAGCUUGUUCUAUUUUCUGAUUAAACAAUCAGAAUUUGCGGACGCCAGCGUCCGCAGAGGUGAACAAAACGGGGUAAUUAUAGAAUUAUAGCAGGCGUUCCCUUCCUUCUCUCCCCAAUCCCCUCUCCCCUUUUUCCACCCUCCUUCUUUUCUUUCUUACCCCCCCCUCCCCUCCCCUAUACAGUUCCUUGAGUGAAAACCUGACAACUACAAAUUUUUCUCUCUCUUUUUGAAUGUGGAUAAGGUCUCUAACAAUUCAACUCAACCAGGAAAGUUCACCUAUAUUUGACAAAUUGUGGGAGUUAAGAAAAAAUUGCGAUAACUUUGGAAGAACGCGAAGUUAAUUUUACUUUUUCGAGACGUCUUUUGCAUGUGGUUACCUAAGCUCCCUACUGCGGUAACAGUCUAGAAGUAAAAUUGUACAAACGGAAACAGUAAAAAUCAUAGUAAGUUUUGCCACACAUGAAAGCCUAAUUUUCGUUUAGGCCUCAAAAUUUUUUCUAGAUGAACAAAAAAUUUUCAAAUUUGAGUUAAAAUUACAGUCGUUCCAGGGUAUUUGGUUGUUUGUUGUUGUAUCAAAGGUUCACCAGAAAACAGUGGCUCCGUUUAUUUCUACGAAGUCAAGCUAAGUCGACUUAAUUGAUUUCCAUUUUAAUGUUUAUAGUUAAUGAUGUUUAGCGAUGUUUAGAUAGUAACAGUUAUUAAAUAAAUAUUUUAAUACCCAUACAGCGCGAAAUACAUGUGAGUAUGAUUUAAUCCACGUCACAUUAAAGCUAAACUGAAUAAAUGAUAUAAAAUGGACUGCAUGCAUUUUUACAUUGUUUAUAGUAAACGAUGUUUAGAUAGAAGGGUUUAGCCAAAUUGAAAAUAGCUUAGAACUCGGUUUCAGUGACGGAUAAACGCUGGCUAAUUUCCGUUCAUCCCUGAUGCUUUGAAGCAAAGAAUAAUUGUGUUUCUACUCUUUUUGUAGGUCCCAAUACAGAUGAACAGCAGUUAUCUAAGAAAGCCUCUGUGAUCUGUCAAGUUGAAAAACCCUCUUCUUCUGAAAAACGUCUUCAAAAAGGUAUUCUUGAAUCGUAGGUGAACAAUAUUACAUGCAUAUUCAAGAGCAAAUCGUUGUUUUUCUUGUAGAAAAUGUACUAUACUCUAACGAGAGCUUUUUGAGUAUUCCUUGCUGGGAUGGUACACUGUACAGUGACAAGGAAUGAUCAAGCACCGAACAAGACUCAUUUAUUAUGAUUGUCACAGGUUACAUUUGCCAGUUGUCGACAAACAAGAUUCGUUUCAGGUUUUAUAAUGAAGUUAAAUGAAAUUUAACGCAGUUAAUAACAAGGAGAGCGGUUGCGUGUUGUCGGUCAGCCGUCAGUGCGUGGUGGCUCAAGCGCGGUCAGCCUUGCUUGCAUCAUCUCGAUGUGAGUUGUAUAGCGUUUCCUGGCGGCCUCUCUCUUCGUUUGGCCUUUGGAUCAUUCUUUUCAUUCUUUUACCCCCAUCCUUCCUCCCCUUUUAUUUUUCCUCUGAUAAAUCAAUGUGACAGGUGCCUGGUUCCAUUGGUGUGUGGGCUCAUGGCUGGAAGGCGCGGGUUUACCACGGGCUAGCCUGUUCCAGGCGUUCAGUUAGUAGAGUGCGGUGUUCGGAUGAUGGGGAGCGAGUUAAAUCGUACACGGAGGAAACGAAGGGGAAAAAAUGAGGGGAGAGUGGGGCGAGUUCCCUCCCUUUUCCAUUUUCUCUCUCGUUUUUUUUCCUCGUCAAUUUUUCGGCCGCGUUCUACCAUCUGAAUACCUAGAACCCAUCUCCUCUAAACGAUGCAGUUGUUAAAGAGAGUACAGCAGAAAUCUAGUGACUGAUUAGGGAUAUACUUUUCUGUAGUUCAGUAGGCGGUUCAUAAAACCUCGAAAUCCCUCAAAGUGACGACUGUAGGGGGGCCGUGGAAAUGUUUUAGUAUUGCUAGGCUAUCUGUUCUCCAAUAAUUGUCUUUGUUUUUAGCCGUAAGCAGGAUUUCGUAGUGUAUUUAGCUUUAAGAAUACUCUUUUGUGUAAUAAUCUUUUAUAAAUUGCCAAAAUAUCUUCGGCACAGUUAACAGGACAAAAGUUGUUGCUACGGAUGGUGAUUGAAACUUGAAAAAAUUGGGCCAACUUUUUCACACGUUUUAAUGCUAUCUAAGGCUAUGCCUUCAGAAAUCAAAAAAAAAUAUAUAUAUAUAUAUAUAUUAUUAUGGUUAGUGCUCUUUGAUGAAGAUUGUUUGAUCUUCUUCAUAACACUACAGGAGUAUUUUGUUUCAGUAAUGAUUUCAGCACAGAAUUGAGCUAAAAGAGAGCUACCUUAGUAGUGGUUAAUUUCGCGAUUUUGGCAAGACAAUAUUUCGCGGGGUCUUAUUUUCGCGAUUUCGCUAGGCAAUUAUGAAAAAAGGCAUUAGAUUUUGCGAUUAGAGCGUUCUCAACCUGAUUUUAUUUUUCAAACGUCUGAAUUUUUUAAAAUAUAGAGAUAAAAUGAAACAAGAAAAACGCAUAUUAACGUUAUUUUAAUUUACAACAGAAGGCACAGUCAAGGAAUGGAACUUACCAGUUAACCAGCUUAUAAUUUGUCGGUGUUUGAGUAUAUAUUGUAAUUGUUUAAUUAAUUUUUUCUUUCUGUGAUUUCAAUUUUCUGUAUGGGUAUUAAAUUUCGCUGGUUUAAAUCUCGCGGGGAUUUUUAUUCGCGGGUCUUUAAUUUCGCGAUUUUUCCACAAUCGCGAAAACCGCGAAAUUAAGUACCAAUAACCUAGGUAUAUGCUCGUGACGUAAUCCCUUUAAUGUUGGUAAUUGAUUUAAUUAUAGGCGGCGGCGCAGCAAAGACAGCAAAGAGAUCCAGGUCUUCGAGAAAAGGCAAAAGGCCGUUAUCAUCAUGUGCUGUUUCCACUCCAAAACAACCGAAACUGUUGAAAGAGGAAGGUAAAGUUCGUUUCUGGAUUAUUUAGAGUAAGGGUUGGUGUCGCAUUACAUGUGUAUGAGAGAGUUUAGGAUGGUCUUGUGUCAUCGGUCUCGUGUCUCUAAAAUGCGGCUUCACAAGUUGUAUAGCUUACGAAAUAAGAGUGUGACAGUACUUCCCGCCGGCUCAACUUGGCUCAUCCCCAUUAGUCUCGCAGCCCUAUCGCCUAAGCAAAAGCACUCUUAAAAUAUAGCGUUUGUCUGGGUUACUUCCUCUGCUGCACAGGGCAGUGGCUUUAUUAUUUAAGUCCCCCUUUCUUGUUGGAAAUCCUGAUGAAGCGAUAGUUUCGUAGCCUCGGAUACACUUAGAGAAAAUCUUGAGAUUCUCACGUCUGACACACUCUCCAAACUUCUAGCGUACUUUGUAACACGAUAUGUUUAGCGUAAGGUACAAGUAGAACGAGGCCACAUUUAGGCCUAGACCCUGGUUAUGCUUUUAUCACGUUACUUUCAGUGUAAGAAACUGACUCUUUAGCACUAGCCUCUUGUCAGUCAGGUCAGCCUCCUACGCAGAACUUCUAAGGGGUUCGUGACGCCCUAGGAAAGUCUUCGUGGGAGGCUACCGUGUAGCAUGAAAAUUUUGCGGGAGUUUUAUUUUGCGGAUUGGCGAUUUUUUGUGGUUUGCGGGAACAAAUUUUUGCGGUUCGAGAUGACUGAAAUUUCUGGUGGGAACUAAUUUUUGCGAUUCUCUGUUCAAGUAGCAGAAUAUUUAAGUGGAAGAAACCUUAAUAUGGUAUUUUCAACUUUUAUUUUACGGUAUGUUGAGUCAAAGUUCACUCUACUUACAUAUUUAAUGGCGAAUAAUACGGUAAUCACUGUAAUAUCUUACUGCACAAAGGGACUGAACAACAGCAAAACAAAACAAAAGCCUAUCCCUACCAUACACAACAAGUCCAUUAAAAGCGGAGUUUUUAAUUUGACUGAAGGGAGUUAAUUUUUGCGGCAUUUUAUUUUGCGGGUUUUUUUUUUUUUUGCGGGAACUAAUUUUUGCGGAUCGAGGUCAAUCCGCAAAAUUCGCAAAAAUUAAAACCCGCAAAAUUUUCAUGCUACACGGUAGGCUGCUGAAAAUUGAACCACUUUCCUUACUCUUUGUAUUUGCGUUGUAAUGAAUAAACCAAUCACUUGUCGGGAAAUUGAGAGUGAUCUCAGUUCUGUUUUGGAACGCAAGUGAUUUGUCCAUUAAUUUUUUAAGAAAUGAACCUUAAUAGUGAAAUGUUUUUACAGAGAGUGUAUGGCACACAGUUUUCAUAAAAAUGUAAGUGUUGAUAGCAUUUUCUUUUUCGCCAAAUGUUACCAUUGUCUCGGUGAAGCUCAUUCUGUCACGGAAGGUAUUUUAAUAUGUCAUCGAAACCAUUUACUUGUAUAGACAGUAACAUACUUAUCUGUAAGCAGAAUAAGGAGAAAUAACGGCCCUUCAGCUUACUGAGGAGAGAAAAGCAUGUCAGUGAGAUCAAUCCGUUUGGAAUUUCAAGUCUUAACGUUUGCGUUUAUUGACAAAUAUUCCCUUACCUUUUUGUUUCCAGCAGGUUGGAACAACUCGGUUGUUGUUGAACUGCUCAAAGCUGAAUACAAAAGGCGCUGUCUGUUAAGACCACUUCUUUGGGAUAGCACUAUCGAGUUACCCCUAGAGAACGUUUACACGAGACUGAAAAUCAUUUCAAGACGAAAGUUGGCCAGCCAGAUGGAAGCCAAGGCGAAGGCGAAUAUGUUCCACGUCAUAGCCCCUGAAAAAGGUGCGGAUGUCCUAACGCUAGCACAGGGAAGUCCAAACUUGAGGGUGGACGUGAAUAGUGAGUUUAAUGAGUUAGAUUUCUUCAAAGCUCCUGAUAAAGUUGAGGAUGUCAUCAGGCUAGUAGAGGGACAAAAACCAGACUUAGUGAGUGGAAAUGACGAGGUGAAUGUUACUGAAAUCUUCAAGACCCUUGAAAAAGGUAAGGAUGUCAUGACGCUUGUCGAAGGAAGUCCAGGAAUCGGUAAAACAACAUUUUGCCUUAAACUUGCGUAUGACUGUACACAUGGAAAAAUCCCAACAGAGUGUUCUUUUCCCAAGUUUGAACUUGUGUUGCUCCUCAAAUGUCGAGACAUUGAUGGAAAUAUAAUGGAUACCAUAAGAGAACAGCUUCUGCCCAGAGAUAUUGAGGAGAAGAUUGUAGAGAAAUUGUUGCACUUCUUGAAGGAUAUUCAUAGCCAGGAGAGAAUUUUGAUCAUUUUGGAUGGUUUGGAUGAGCUGCCUGAAAAAUCACGGCACCAUGUAGAUGAGCUGCUUCACAGACGAAUUUUCCCAUUUUGCUAUGUUUUGGCUACGUCACGACAAGAAAGAGGAAUUGAAGCACGAAAAACCUUUGUCUUUGACAUUCAUUUAGAAAUCAAAGGGUACACGGAAAGUGAUUCUAUUGCGUAUGUCAGAAGACACUUUGAA